AUGCUGUGGCUGCUGGUCAUGAUCCUCCCCUGCCUGGGGCGCUCUGUGCCUGUGACCCCGGGCCCCAGCUCAGGACGUGGGCUGGUGGGCAUCGUGAGAGUCAGCAAUGUCUCAGCCAGGAGCUACCCGUGGCAGGUGAGCCUGAGGUUCUACAAUAGGACGGUUGGCCGGUGGAUACACUGUUGUGGGGGGUCGCUCAUUCACCCCCAGUGGGUGCUGACCGCUGCCCACUGUGUUCAACGGAAAAGCCUGCAGGCUUCUGCCAUCAGGGUCCCAGUCGGGCAGCUGAGACUCUAUGACCAUGACAAGCCGACCAAAGUGUCCAAGAUUGUCCUACACCCCGAUUACGACCGAAACCUCUCUGCUGGGGGCGCGGGGGCGGACAUCGCUCUGCUGAGGCUGGAGGCCCCUGUGAGCCUUUCCCAUCACGUCCAGGUGGUCUCUCUCCCACCUGCCUCGCUGAGGGUCCCCGAGGGGAAGAUGUGCUGGGUGACCGGCUGGGGCAGCGUCUCAGUUCACUCGCCCCUGCCCCCGCCCUACCACCUGCAGGAGGCAGAGGUGCCCAUCGUGGGGAACCAGGUUUGUAACCUACACUAUCGGAAAGUUGCAAACACCACCAAGCCAAUCAAAGAUGACAUGCUGUGUGCCGGGAGCGAGGGCCAGGACUCUUGUUUACUGAGUGGUGUUUUCCCGCAGGGUGACUCCGGUGGGGGGGCCCUGGUGUGCCUCUGGAAAUGCUCCUGGGUCCAGGUGGGAGUUGUCAGCUGGGGCCACAAGUGUGCACUCCCUGACUUCCCUGGGGUGUACACCCAGGUGACCAGCUAUGUGUCCUGGAUCCUCCAGUACAUCCCGCUGUCCCCAGGGCCCUAG